AAUAAUGAAACACCGACUAACAAAAUGUCCUGUAUAAAUUCAAACCUUGCUCCCUUUAUUUACAAACCAACAACCCUAUUGUUGAUUCAAGCUUCUAGCAUUUCCAGUAGUCCUUUUCAUCAAAAAUGUCGAAAUUAAUAGUAGUAUUUGGAGGCACUGGCAAACAGGGAGGAUCUGUUAUCAAAGCUUUUCUAAAGGACCCCACCUGGAAGAUUCGUACUAUCACUCGAAAUAUCGCUAAACCUCAAAGUAUAGCUUUACAAGAAAAGGGCGUCGAAGUCGUUCAAGGCGAUAUCAACGACAUUGAUUCUCUUAUUGCCGCAGUUCAAGGCGCCAACGUUGUCUUCGGAGUGACCGACUUCUGGGAACCUUUCUUCAACCCCGCUACCCAAGAGAAGCUUGCUCCUGGUCAAACGAUCAAUGAAUACUGCUACAAACUCGAGCUCCAACAAGGAAAAAACAUUGUAGACGCCGUAGCUACGAUUGCUGAUACUACACUCGACUUAUUUGUAUGGUCUAGUUUGGCACAUGUCAAGAAAUGGAGCAAAGGAAAGUAUACAUGGGUGUACCACUUCGACUCCAAGGCUGAGGUCUAUGAAUGCAUCAGAGAAUCACAUCCAAAGCUGGCAAAGAAGACCUCAUCUGUCCAGAUCGGCUAUUACGCUGAUAACUGGCUAUGGAUACCGAUGACGGCUCCCCAAAAGACGGAAGACGGUGUUUACGAAUUGAAAUUGAGUGCCAAACCUGAAACUUUGGUUCCCUGGGUGGACACUCAGGCUGACACUGGAAAAUUCGUACGAGCUCUCGUGCAAAUGUCACCAGGAACGGAUUUGCUAGGCGCUAGUGAAAUGGUGACUUACGGUGAUUAUCUAAAGACAUGGGGUGAAGUGAAUGGCGUACACACAAGGUUCACCCAUAUUUCUGCCGAAGAGCACGAAAAAAUGAUGCCAGAGAUUUUUGCCAAGGAAAUCCAAGAGAGUCUUGCCUUCAAUGAAGAGUAUGGAUGGGAUGGUGGAGAGCCUGGUGUUUUACGUCCUUCUGAUAUGAAGUUUGAAGAACCUUUAUCCAAUAUCAAGGACUGGGUCAAGGCGCAAGAUUGGUCGGCAGUCAUUCACUAAAGGCGAGAAGUUCAGUCUUUUCAGAGUUAUCUUGCGGACAAGGCUGUUCGUUAUGGCACA